AUGAACAUCACAGUUCUGGUUGUGGAUGAUGAUCCUAUUUCUCUCUCUAUUAUCUCCAAUAUGCUUAAAACCCCGAUCUACAUAGAUAAACCAUUUGGGGAAAUUACAGUAAUGACAGCAAAUGAUUCGUCAGAAGCAUUAUCUAAGCUUAGAUGUCAAUUCAACAACAUUGAUGUUGUAAUCACCGAUUAUCAUAUGCCUGGUUUGAAUGGUGCACAAUUAAAAAAGAGGAUUAACGAAGAAUUUGGAAAUUUGCCUGUCAUUGUGAUGUCAGCAGAGAUGAACAAUGAAAUUGAGCAAGAGGCUUUAUCUUCUGGAGCAGUGUGUUUCAUGAGUAAACCGAUCAAACCAAACGACUGCAACAUCAUAUGCCAGCAUGCUUUAAACUACAAGAUAAACGGUGGUUCAAAAGAAAUUCAGAACACAAAUUCAACCAGCAAUCCAGAUGAUGGAAGCUCUGGAGCAAAGGCCACAAAGAAGUCUAAGAUCACAUGGACGACUUCUCUUCAGAGUCAAUUUGACAAAGCCAUUGAACACAUUGGUAUUCAUAAGGUUACGCCUAAGAAGAUUUUAGAAUUCAUGGACCUGGACUACCUAACAAAAGCACAUGUAGCCAGCAAGUUACAGAAGUUCAGAAAGAGUAUGAAAAAAGACGUAGAAAAGAUAAGAACAGCUAUGAUCUCCAUUGACCCACAACGCUCUUACAGCCACAAGACAAGCCUAAGCAAAAACAAUCUUCUCAAUUCCCAACCUGGCUAUGGUCUUGGUCAGUCUAGCCCCAUGAUUAACAAAAAUGCUGGUUUUCAUGGCUUUGACAACUAUAUGAACAGUAGACCCACCUACAAUUUGAGCCAAACCGGAUCCAACUUUUUGCUUGGGAGAGGCAUCUUUGCUUUACAAGGGGAAAUGGGAAGCAUUUCUGGAACAUCUCAAGAGUCUGAAGCUCAUAAGUUUGGACAGUAUGGUACAACAAGCGAUGUUUUGGGUGUUAACUCAAAUAUUACUACUGGUACAACGGGAAGUAAUUACUUGGGGAACAGAAUAGAUGAAAAGGGUAAUGUGGUUGGACCUGGUAAUGGAUAUAUUGAUGAAGUAAGAGUCCAUAGUGCUGGUAAUGGCUCUCUAGGUGGAACAAGAGUCCAAGGUAAUGGUUAUAGCUCUUUUGAUGAAAUAAGAGUCCAUGGUGCUGGUAAUGGUUCUCUAGGUGGAACAAGAGUUCAAGGUAAUGGCUAUAGCUCUCUUGAUGAAAUAAGAGUCCAUGGUGCUGGUAAUGGCUCUCUAGGUGGAACAAGAGUCCAAGGUAAUGGUUAUAUCUCUCUUGAUGAAAUAAGAGUCCAUGGUGCUGGUAAUGGUUCUCUAGGUGGAACAAGAGUUCAAGGUAAUGGUAAUGGCUUUCUUGAUGAAAUAGGAGUCUAUGGUAAUCUUAAUGGCUCUCUUGAUGGGAUACAAGUUCAUGGAGUUAAUGAUACCGGUAAUGGUAAUGGCACCCUUGAUGGAGGUAUAGCUCAUGGUAAUGCUAAUUGCUCUCUUGGUGGAAUGAGAGUUUAUGGUACUGAUAGUGGUUCUCUUGGUGGGAUACAAGUUCAUAGUACUGGUAAUGGUAAUGGUAAUGGUAAUGCAUCUCUUGGUGAAAAUUUGGGUGGCAUGAACUGGAACUUCAAUAACAGCAAUAUCAAUAACCAUGGAAGUUCAACUUCAAGGCUUCCUUCUGCAUUGCCAUCGUUCUUUGACAAUAAUCAGCCACAUAAUUACUUGAAUAAUGCUCAAAUCGGUGGUGUGGUUCCUGUUCUAGAGAAUCCAAUAAUAUUUAAUGAUCAUUAUGGCAUCAACGAGUUUUAUGGCGAUCCAAUUAACUCGCAGUUUUAUCAUAAUCAGCAGCAUCAAGGUAAUGCGACUGGUGAAAAUCCUGAGGUGUCUACUGCUUAUCCUCUUCUAGACAUUAGUAAUCGGAGUUUUAAUAACGGUAACUAUAAUGAAGAAACAUUGAACUCUCUUGCUGUUGAUUCGGAAAUGUAUGUUCCUACUAAUCAGGACAUGAACAUUACAAAUCAGAAACAUGAUGUUGAAGACUCGAUGAAACUCCCAUUGUUAUUCGAUCAGGAUUGUGACGAUGAAAACUUCAUGAAGUUUCUGGAGAACGUGAAUUAA